AUGAAUUUUCCUGACAAUACAGCGGCGUUUGACUUCGAAGCAAAAGCGCUCGCGAAUAACUACACCGUUGUCUGUCCUACCCUCCGCGGAUAUCCUCCAAGUGACGUCCCUGAUUAUACCGACGCCUACGACUUGAUGACCGUGGCUAGUGGUUUUUUUGCUAUCCUUGACCAUUUUGGCGCCGAAAAAGCAUUUGUUGGAGGACACGGCUUUGGUGGAGCUGCCAUCCAAACAUCCACAUUCCUCCACCCUGAACGAGUCCUCGGUCUUAUCAUCAUCAACUCGCCUAUUGCGCCGAAAUUCUACGAUCUGGUCAAUCAUGACAGCGAACAACAAAAGCUAUCCGAGUACACGAUACCUUGCAUACGCUAUCAAGACGGAGAUCCCAAGAAUGCCGAAUUCAUAGUACGAAACAUCCGGAACCCCGAGCGCAGAGAAGAGUUGCUUCACUAUCUCACCGAAUCUCCUAUGCAUAGAAUGUUGAGCUAUUACAAGAAGAGUUAUCCAGCACCUCCUUACGGGCAGAAAGUCGAUACAUCUAUGAUGCUCUUUAGGAUUCCAGCGUUGAUCAUUUGGGAUCUUGAGGAGGAAUAUUUCUCCACAAAGCUGCUCGAUGGUCCACCCGAGUACCUCUUGGAGAGACUCCGAGUUGUGCUAGUACCAGGGGCAGGGCAUUGGUCGUUUCAGGAUAAGCCAGCUGUAGUGAGUCGAGAGAUUCGAUCCUGGCUCGAGGGGCUACGCAGUGAGACCAGAUGUGAAGUCGGGACGUAA